GUCCUCUUUUGGACUUGGUCCUCCCAGUCAAGCAAUACGCGUGACAAAGGGCCUCACACGAAAUUAUAUUGCAAUGCAUAUCAGGUAUAAACCAAUUGCAAAAACCUGUUGUUCUGUAACGUCACAAUCCCUCAGUUGUGCCUGAAAGAGGCAUUAUCUAGGCAAGUGGGUGGGGAGAGAUCUCUUUAUUCAUCGCAUUGACGCUACAGGUAACUGUGCUGAACUGUGCUUGGUUUUGGACCUAGCCACAAAGGUCAAUUCUGCCAGUCAUUAAAUAGCAAAAUGACCAUUCAUUUCUAUAAAAAGGAGGGAAGGAAGGAUGUUUAAAAAGACAGGAAGUUGCCACGAAAGUAUAAAAAGAGGCGAUCGAUAUAUUUGAGACCAUUUAGUUGUCGACUGCGGGCAUACAAACGUUCUUUGUAAAGGACACUUUCAGAGCUAUAACAUGGUUCGAGGUUACACGAUUUUGCAUUUAGUGUCGGUGGUGUGCACCUUCUUUUUAGCGAACGCGUUAACUACUCUUCCAGAAGGGAUGGUACCACCACCAGCCAGUUUGAGAGUCUCAGGGUGCAAAGAUUACAACACAAGAUGUCCUUCCUGGAGGAAAAGGGGUUACUGCACAGUUACCUUAAAGCGUGUUAGUGACUACUUGAAAAGAUACUGUAAGAAAUCUUGUGGGUUGUGCCCAACAAAAAAGGACGUAGAGAUUUGUAAAGACAAGUCUACAUACUGCAAAUAUGGAAAGCAAAUAGGAGAAUGUACCAGUAAAAGAAUAUUCACGCAGAAUUUCAUGAAAAAGUAUUGUAAGAAGUCAUGUGGAUUGUGCAAAGCACAAGAACGUAAAUGUAACGACAGUGUCAAUGAAAAACUCUGCAAAACUUACAAGCGUCGUGGGUUUUGUGAAAGAUUCGAGUACAGGUCAUACAUGGCUCGAGGCUGUAGUAAGACUUGUGGUCUUUGCGACCUAUCAAAAACCUAUUCUUGUGGAAUUGCAAAGGCAAGAAAAAGAGGCACAAGACCAGUCGUCGCGGGUGAAGAUGCGAAGAAGGGUUACUGGCCUUGGCAAGUUGCGAUUCAGAAGAAUGGUGCCUUUAGCUGCGGUGGUACAUUGAUAAACAGCCGCUUUGUUGUCACUGCCGCUCACUGCUUUCCAAAUACUAACGUCAACAACUAUAAGCUUAUUCUAGGUGAACACAAGAGAAAGGACAAGGAGGGAACGGAGCAAACUUUCGACGUGAAAAGAAUUAUAAUACACCCUAGGUUUGUACUUGGAGGGGAACAUGAUAUUGCAAUCCUUGAACUGGCGACUGAAGCAGUGCUCACGGCAUUUGUUACCCCAGCGUGUUUACCUGAGGCAGGCCAAGUGCCCGAAGUUGGGAAACAAUGCUUUCUUACAGGUUGGGGUCGGACGCUGAUAACCUCAGGCUCUGCAAUGAUUUUACAAAAAGCUCCAAUGAACAUUCUUAGCGACAAACAGUGCCAAAGUCGCAACAGAUUCUCUUCCAGAAAAGUAACGUCAAGAAUGUUGUGUACGAGAAACUUCAAAAACAUAUUCAGCUCUGGCUGCCACGGGGACAGCGGUGGACCAUUGGUUUGUGAAAAAGACGGUCGCAUGGUUUUACAAGGUGUUGUUAGCUGGGGCUCUCGCACUUGUGAUGCACUUGACCGCUUCACAGUCUUUACCAAAGUUUCAACGUACCAGCCUUGGAUAAAGAAGAUAAUGGACUCAUAGAAAUCAUUGACUACUAGGUCUGUUGCUGCAAGAAGUCAUUAGCAGCCUUUUUUGUAUAAAGCUCUCUUUAUAUUGCAUUUGGUUAUGUUACUAGUUUCAACUACCGUGUAUUCGUUGCUACUGAAAAGUCAAUAUUGGACACAAACCCAAGCUAUUGUACCAGAUUGCAUUUAAUCCCAAUUAACUUGGGACUUCGGUGCUUGCUUAAGUGUAUUUAAAAAUGAGUUGGAUGAAUAGGAGUACUAUUGCCUUUAUUUAUGUGUGUUUUGAGACAUUUUUAUUGAGACAUUGGGCCUUCUUAAAGGGUGAUGACUUUAUUGCACUUGAAAGUGUCGCAGAAGUCAUGGAACGCACAAAAAAUUAGCAUCUGGUUUUGUAUUUGUCCAAAAAGGCCUAAAGAAUCCUGAUAUCUAAAGAAUCGAUCAAUUGCCUGUAUAUCUGAGAGAGUAGAAAAUUUUGAGUAAAUUAUUGUAAGUAUUAUUCUAAAGUAAUCUACUUCGUAUCUUAUUGUAAAUGUGUUAUCGUAGUUAGAACAUAGUAUGCAUUUCAUUUAAUUACCAUGAAAAACUUUUUAAUAAA